GGGAAACCUUUGACUCUCAGAAAUCCAGUGGACUUGGACCCACCAUGAUCAACGAUAACGGAUUAUAGGUGUUGUUGUCUAGAACAUCUGCGAGGUCAAAGUUUCCCUAUCUCCCGUGUGGCGGUUCAGACGCACAUGCGGCGCACUGUUCAUGGGAAGAGGAGCGCUCGCUGAGAUGUACAACGCACCGGCAGCCACAUCGAGGGGAAACAACGUUACAGUGGCCGGCCAUUCAGAAAACCCUUCGUGACAAGCCACAUAUCCUGCCAGGGGAUCGAACCCAGAUCGUUCAAGUCCCAAUGAGGCAGCCAAAGCGCUACAAAAUCCACUGGCCCCUCGGUUACUCAGGCCGCCUCUCCAAAGCCUUGCCUCCUCCAUCAAGAGAGGCCCCUGCAUCCGUCCGUCCACGGGUUCGCGGCACUCCUCCCGCACGUCGCCAGCCGGACCUCCCGCGCAAAAGAGAAAAAAAUGGCAGACUUUCCUGAUGUUGUUUCUCUCGCAACAAAAGUGACGAACACAGUCAUCCAGUACUACAACAUUGAAGAUAGUGAAUGGAGACUGGCUAAGAAAACAAAAGAUACGACGGUUUGGCGCAAGCCAUCAGAAGAAUUCAACGGAUACCUUUACAAGACACAAGGGAUCGUGGAAGAUGUCACUAACAGAAUAAUAGAUCACAUACGCCCUGGGCCUUAUCGGCUACAUUGGGACAGCCUAAUGACCACGAUGGACAUAGUUGAUGAGUUUGAAGACAAUUGCUGUGUCAUGCGUUACACCACUGCUGGCCAACUGUGGAACAUAAUUGCACCUAGAGAGUUCAUUGACUUCUCCUGUACAACAGACUAUGAAGAUGGACUUCUCUCAUGUGGUAUUAGCCUGGAUUAUGGUGAAGUAAGACCGAACUUUGUGAGAGGCUUCAACCACCCCUGUGGCUGGUUCUGCUUCCCACUCAAGGACAACCCUAGACACAGCCUGCUGAUGGGCUUUAUUCAGACGGAUCUGCGUGGGAUGCUCCCCCAGUCUGCAGUGGACACAGCCAUGGCUAGUACCCUGGCUAACUUUUAUUCAGAUCUCAGGAAAGCUCUGAAAGCAUAAUCAGACUGUGAACAUCCCCUGCUUUGCACCGUAGAUGUUUAAACAUAGGGGAGGUUGGAAGUUUCCUGCAUGAAGAUUUGCUGUGAUUUCCCUUUUGGUGCCAGGUGGUCCCAUUUGCACAGACCAGUUGGGAUUGUGUUUGCUCUGACAUAAGGCCCACUGAGUCUAACUCAGACUUGCUUUGUCAGAGGUGUUAUUAUUAUUAUUAUUAUUUUGCAUGGUAGUCUGAAAAACUGUUGAUAAUGCCUCAGAAAUGCACUCGCCCCAAUUUGUUCUUUUAAUAUUCACAUCUUUGCAACCCAAGGUAGCAGGAAACAGGUUUUCAUUUUAUAGAUUUUGAAGAGAGCCCUGUUGGAUCAGACAAAGAGCUUCUCCAGCCCAGCAUCCUGUUUUCUCCUGGGGCCAGCCUCAUGCCUUGGUUGGCAUUUGGGGCUGGCCAGGCUCUGGGUCCACCGUAAUGAUCUGUGAAUGAAUGGGAAGCUGUUCUGCUCCAACGAAGUUGGAAUUUGAGACCUCCGUGGCAUCACUUGGAAGAGAUACUUUUGGGACUACAACUCCCAGAAUCCACCACCCAGCAUAGCCACUGGGAGAUUAUGGAAAUUUUAGUCCCCAAUAAUAUCCUUUUUGAACUUUGCUUUUGGUGGAAACAUCUGGAUUGCCAUUUGCUAUGAAGCAUCCACAGUGUUGGUGGAGGCUGCAUGCAUUCAUCCACACUGCACCAUGAGUAGAAUGUUUAUUCCCAGCUAUCUUUGGCUAAACACAUGAUGUUAUCUGCAUCUGAACAUGGGGCAUAAGAAUUUUUUGUGAUUUUCAGGGAAUGAGUGACAAAAUGAAGACUAGUGUUAUAAAAAGCUGAGUGACCUCAAGGACUUCUGUAAAGCAAAGUAAUUUUGAUAUUUGCUGCAUUUUACUUGUAUGUUGGUUUUUAUUUUUAAAAUGUAUGUUUCUAGGGUGAUCUCUUGAUGCAUUGUUUGUGCAACUGAACUUCCACACAUGAUGCACGUUGCAGAAAGAUAAGGAAGUUUUUUCACAUAUUUCACACUUUUACACUGUGUUUAUACCUUGAGUCGUAAGGCAGGGAAGAGCUAACCCAGACUCAUGAAGGCUGAAUACACACCCAUCCUGAGACCUUAUGGAGGUGCAUCUCCCUUGCCUUCCCUACAUUUUUUUUCUUACAAAAAAUGGGGAGGAAUGAAAAAGCGUCUUUGUACCUUUUUUUGAGGGAAUGGGCAAAACAUAGCAAAAUUGCCCCAUUCCAUAAAGGGCACAAAGGAACAUUUUGAGUGUGUUUCAGUGUUCUUCCGUUGGGGGAAUGGGGCCCCCAGAGGUGCUAGGGAUGUGUUGGGCCCUCUGAAGGAUCACACUGCCAAUGGGCUACAAGGUGCCCACCCUUGGUGUAAGGUCAUGCGAUUGGUCUCAUCCCAAAACAGGAAUUAGUAACAUAUGUUUCAGUCUCUAUUUGAACUGGGGUUAGUGUUACCAAGUAUAUGCUUUGGAGUAGCACAGCACUCCCAACAAGGGGAGUGGGAAAGUGUUUAUAGAUAAAGAGAGAGAAAAAUACAAAGUUUUAUGUGCAUUGCUCUGGAUUGUUCUCUGUAAUGAGGUGAGGCUAUAUAUGUACUAUAGGUCUAAAUCCAUUUGAUACUUUUAGGUGGAGUAGACCCAUCUUUCAUCAGUUCCACUGACUGAAUGGUUCUACUUGAGUUGGAACUAUCACUUGGAUUUAGGUUAUAGCAAGAGAUAGCUGCACAAAGAAAGAAGUUUCUGCAUAAUACAACUGGUUUCAUUCAGUGGAUGUGAGAUCUCUCCAUAUCCACUUUGUGGGCUUGCAUCCUCCAAGCCAGGAACGUAACAAGCAUCUUGUGACACUACUCCCAAUCUUGGAAACCCUUCCCAGAGUAUGUAGUAGUGAAUAUUCAGAAACAUCAAAAGCUAAGGUACAAUGUGUCAUGUAAACUUAGCUUCAGAUAAACAUUGGAAAAUGUGAAGAAGAUAAGUGAGGUUAACAGCAUACAUUGAGUACAUGUUCACUUCCAAGAGAUUCUGAAAACUCAUCAGAGAGUGUAUGUACGAUUAUUUUUAAAGGGAAGAUCAGGGGAAAGGGGCAGAGGAACAGGAAUAACAGGUCCGUUUGCAACAGCUUUGAUGCCAAAUUGCUUUAUACAGUUGAAAAGCCUUAAAGGCCAUUUUGGUGGCUGUAUAGGAGACCAUAUCAAGUGCUUGCUUUGCAGAUGCAAUGUGUAUGUAUGUAUAUAUGCGUAUAUAUGGGUCUAUGAGAACAUUUGGCAUGUUAUGGCAUGGAAACUAACUCACCCACUAAUUUCCCAAUGCAUCUCUAAAGAAUUGCAUGGAAAUACAGUGGGCACCUUUGCAGCACAGUAUAAAGAUGUUUUAGGCAUAAAUAUGGGGGAAACUAUAGCUGAACGUGAAAGCCUAGGAAUGUAAUGUGUCACAAGAUCAAGCCAAAGGCCUAUUUCCCAGAGUUACAUCUGAUAUGUUCCUCGUUAGGACAUGAUAUGAAGCCUUCAUUUGCUGUUGUUCCCCUGCAAGUGAUAUUUAGAGGCAUCCUGGCUCUGAUUCUGAAGGUGACCCAGAACCAUGACUAGCAGUUAUCAAUAGCCUUAUUUUCCAUGAAUUUGUCAGACUUUUAAAAAACCAUGUAAGAUUUCCCUUCUUGGUUAGCAAUGAUGUGGAUUUCUGAUCAUUCAGUCUUUGUUUCUUUGAUGAGAUGAAUGGGUGUGUACUUGAGUGGAGUGUUCCAGGUUAACUAGAGUUAAGAGAAUUGAAUUAAAAUGGCCUUAUAUUUUUCAGAAAAAAAGGGCAUCAGUAUGCAUGUAGUGUUCAUUGGCACAGCAAAUGUAAAAAUGAAUACUUUUGACUGAACUCAGGAAAUACAUUGUAAAUGGCAUUAUUAUGAUAAAAGAAAGUUUAUUUAUAAAUAUAGAAAGGUGACCUGAGGGUUUGUUUGUUUGUUUGUUUUUUGAAAAAUGGGAAGUGCAAAUUACCUCUUGAGUAUACAGCAUAGGACUGGGGCUGGAUAAGUGAGGAACAGCCUUGCACUUUUUUUAGUUCAAAAGGGCUGAAUGUUUAAAUAUGCAAAUAAAUCUUCAUGCUUUCAUUUGAUAUGGGUUGCUUACCAAUUCUAAGAGUUUCCGUCUUAAAAGCCAUGCUGUCCUCAGAAACAAAAACAUUGACACAACAGAACCAAUCGGUUCUGUUUCAAUCCAUAGUUUAUUUUAUUUUUUAAUCCUUGUAAGGAUUAUAAGGAAUAACUUGUCAUUAGAUUGAUUGAAAAUAUGAAUUAGUAGCAGCAGCAACAAAACAUUAGUAUCAGUAUUAGUAGCAAAGAAGUAAAGCAUGUGAAUAUGUACAAAAUUACUAUGGUUAUUAAAAGUAAAACGCCAUCUAUUUCAGUAAGAAAAGUGCUCCCAUUUCAUGGUACAUCAGUCUUUAUCCUGAUAGGACUCAAAUAUUGAUUCAAUAUUUUCUUUAAGAACAGUUUAAUAACACUGUGAAGCUGCUCUUGGAAGAAAUAAUUUUCUGUGACUUCUUUUCAUUGGUAAAGUAGUUUCAUAAUGAUUCCUUUUAAAGAAAUUCUUAAUAUACUUUAAUGAUUCAAGCAGAUGUUUUUAAAUUCACUUGCUGGCACAAGUGAUAGCAAUUCCACUGAAGGUAAAGAAAUUUGCCUCUGUUCAUUGAGAUCAUGCUUCUACUAAAGAGAAUAAGAGAAUUAUGAUGUUAUUCUGUUCUGUAUAAUAACCAAUAUGAGACUAUAGAUGUUUAUUAUGUAUAUUAAAGAAUUAUGUUCAAAUCUUUUUUAAAUAAUUAAAAUAUAAUUAGGAUUACUUCA